AUGACCUCUUCUAAAAAUAAUUCUUCUUCAACCGAUUCUUUUGAUGUCUUAGAAAAUGAAUUUGACAAAGCUUUUGUUGACUUGGAUGUUUUGAUUGGGGAAAUUGAACAGGAAAACUCUGAAUUAUCUUUUGAAUGUCGCCGCCGUUUAACGCGUAUUAGCGGUAUUUUUGUUCAAUUUGUUCAUAAAGUUGCGAUUAUGAAUCAGCGGAAUUGUGAGCUUGAGAAAGAACUUCAAAAUUCCAACAAUAAAUUAAUUGGAUUAUUAGCCACAAAUUCAUUAUUAGAAGAACAGUCAGAACAACUUCUUUUGCGUGUUCAUUCACUUUCAUGUCAACUUUACUCAAAAACAGCUCCACACGAAUCAGAAAUUAUUAAAAAGAAAUUGGAUAAAGAAAUGAGAAUGUUUAACACAAAAAAUUUACCAAUUACAAAAUCACAAGCUGAAAUUUCUUUAUUAAAAGAAGAAAAUCUUAAAUUAAAAAGUCUUCUAAAUUCGGUUCAUUCCGAAAUUUAUGGGGCUCGUUUAGCUGCUAAAUAUUUGGAUAAAGAAUUGGCUGGACGGUGGGAAAUUUUAUUUUAAAAUAUUUUUAUUAAAAA